GUUGAUGUUGGAGAAUUUAUCGAGUGAUACACCAGCUGCGCUAAAGUCGUGUGCCGAAGGAUGGCUCGUGCAUUCGUUGCACCGGGGUGACGUGGCGAGGCUUUUUGAUCCUAUUUUUCUCAUACUUUUGGACCCCGGCUGCGCGAGGAUCGGCGUGCAAAAGUAUUUCGACGAAUUGCGGAUGAAGGAAAAAACGUCGAGGACGGAUAUGGAUGUGGAAAUGACGGAGAUGGCGGAUUUGAAGGAAGUUGAUGAGGUGGAAGAGGAGUUGGGUGUAGAAGUGGAUAGUGACGAAGACGAAAGCGAAGCCAAGAGAAGGGAUAUGUUGAAGAAGUCUUGUUCGAUGCCUGAUCUGGACAAAUUCAGUAGCGGAAAUGUUGAUGAGGACGACGAUGCGAGUCUGAUUAUUGCCACGAUCGUAGACGAGUUGAUUCGCAAGGUGGUGGACGCUGAAUCUGGAACUGAAAACACGGAAGCGAAAAGUAGUGUUUUCAAACCUGGCCAUAGAAGACAAAGAUCGCAAAGCUUUUCAAUGAUCGAAUCCGUGCGAAGUCCUUCGCCUGCGAGUUUGUUUUCCGAAAAUCCAAGCCAGUCGGUUUUAUCGCUGGGCGAACGGCUGCAUUCCUUGCGUCCGAAUGACGAGCCAGUGGCUGAAGAUCCCUUGCACUCGUUCCUUCUAGUAUACGACUGCGUUCCUGACCUGGCUCAGGUCAAGUACGCUCUCACGUUGAUGCAAGCCGCAGUGAUGACGCAUCCGAAUUCCGUGUUGCGUGGGUUAGUGAGCACGAAUUUGAGCAGCGCUCAUAGUCCUAGAGCUAAUGAACUGCAGAAGUUGUUGGCUCGUCACAAGCGUUCCAUGAGGGGACUCGCGUUUGCAGGAAAAUUGAGCGGACAGGAGGCGUCCUCUGUGCAACGUGGGAUCACGUUGUUUGAAAUCCUCGUGUUCAGCUGCUUGAGCUUUAUCCGGUCCUGUUUAGCAGUUGGAAACGAUGGAUGUGAUGUGAUAUGGAAUUCGGAGGUGCGACUUGCAGCAGUCGACCUCUUGACCGUGACAUUCCUGGAAACCUUGGAUUUGGUUCGCGCGAACGGACGAGGUUUUGCGUCCUUCAUCGUGGACAUGCUCCUGCGAUGUAAAGUUCAGAAAAUUGUGCUUCGCUCACUCGCCUCGAGUGUAGAUCGGGUGAAGAAACGCUUGGAUUCCGAAGAAGAGCAGGAAGAAGACUGCGGCACGAAAUGGCAGAUCCGGGCGUCUGAAAUGCUGUUGGAGUUCAACGAGGGCGGCGUCGACGUGGACUGUGGUUCCGGCGGCACUGGACGUUCAUUUCCAGAGGCGCUGCAAAUUCAUUUGCUUCGUUUGUUGCAUGCCUUGCUCAUGUUGGAGCACGAAGUGGGUGUGGUGCAGACUGUGAAUCCGAGCUCCAAAGUCAUGGACACGGAAAAGUGGGCGAAAAUCACGUUUGUGGCGCCGACUUCGUCGUUGCGCUACAUGAUUGGACAGCCGAUCCCGGCGCAAUCAAUUUUCCUGCAUUCGAUGUUGACGGUGUUGCGACAGGAGAAGUUGAGACAUUUACACGGGGCCUGGUUGGCGACGGUGACGGCGAGUCUGCCUUUUCUGGGCAGAACCUUGAGCCAGACGGCGUUAUUAUUGGCGAGACAGAUUUGCUUCAACUUGGAAUCGAUUCAGAAUGUCGUGCAGGAAAAGGAAGAAGAGAGGUUGUCCCGAGGACGAAGAAUUCCUCCGGAUUACGUGGUGAGAUCCUUGGAGGCGCUGUCAUCAUUGUGCCACUUUUGUCUGCUUGACAACGCUGAGUGCUCUGUUUUGAGUGGCAUCACUGGGUCUCAUUUUCAAGCAACGGCUAGUAGUCUGACGAAUCCCACGUCAUCCAUUUCGAGAAUUGGUGGGGGUGGCAGUAAACCUUCCAGCAGCCACACGACACAAAUCAUCAACAAUCUCAUAAACGUGUUCAUUCCAUCUGUUCCUUUGAAGGUUCCUGAGUCGAGUCGAGAAUCUCGCGCAGCAAAAGAUGCCUUGGAAUCCGCGAGAAAAGCAUUGCUUGGUGUUCUCCCAAGAAUCGUUGUCGCAAUGGCGAGUUUGUGGAGCUCGGCUUGUGAUUUAAGUUGCAGAGAUGAAUAUUCGUGGGUCUUGGGUCACCCGAGGGACGUGAAACACCAUGUGCUAGAGUUCAUAUCACCGAUCGCUGUUACGCAUGGAACUAAUUUUUUGGUGGCUGCCGCUGUUGCCUGGCACGACAGUAAGAAGAGGAUGAAAUUGGCGAUUCCUAGUGAAUCUAAAAAUGAAGCUGCAAAAGUGGGAGAAGAGCGAGAGAAAUUGGUCGCGUUGAUCACGGCCAUCAAAUCUUUGCCUCCGGAUCGAGUCAUCCAUCUCGUCACGCAAAUUGUCUCCUCCAUCCCCAGCUCGCACAGCGCUUCCACUCUGAUUGGAAUCCAUUCCGAUUGGAAUCGUGCCGUGCAUUUUUCGUCCAAUUCUUUGGGUCCUGUCAACAGUCAAGCUGUUGAGAACUCAGUUCUAGAGUUGUUUGUGGCAUAUGUGGAAAGGUGUCCGCAACAACAACUGGUGGAGUCGUUUCCCGCAGUCGCAUCUUUAGUGAAGGAGGCAUUAGCCGUCGCGGCUUUGUCCCAAUCGUCCAACAGUACGCUGGCUUUUGUCACGCACGAAUGUGUGGCGCAAGUGUUCAACGUUCUGUAUGCAUUCGUGCAACGGGUUCCUUCGUCGUUGGAAAAACGUGAUCAAAGAGAGCUACAAGAUCUCUCAGUGCGCGUGCUCGACCUUUUGGGUCAAUCAGCUGGCUUAUGUUUGGAACAGACCGCUUGGCUUCGUCCACGAACAGUCGUUAAACAGGAUCUUCAAUUGAUUCCGAAUUCGUCUGACUAUGCGACAGACAUCUCAAAGAAUGCCACAGAAGAGCCGCCGCCGGAAAAAGUGGAUAUCGUCGAUUGUCCAGAAUAUAAACCGAAUAAACCCGAAGACACUCGUGUUCCUGUGAUUGGUUUGAAGAAAGGCAGCGAACGAGCCAUUGCCGAACAAUGUCUUUGUUCGUUGCGUCUCCUGGCGGAUAAAGUGGCGUCCUUUUUGGACGUGACUUACGCUUCUGACGAGAAGGAGCGCGUUGUGCCGAUUCUCUCGUCGCUGCUGACGAAUGUAACCCCGUAUUUGCGAAAUCACGCCAAAGGGAACAUGCUGAGACAUCGAGCUUGUGCUCAAAUGUUGUCUGCCAUUAGCAGCUUCCCGUAUGCGAGAAAGGCAUGGAAAAGAGACGCUCUGGAUUUGUUUCUGGAUCCAGCCUUUUUCCGAAUGGAUUUGGAAAGUUUGCGCCAUUGGAAGAGUUUGUUGGAUAACCUCGUAGCGCAAGAAAAGCUGCUUUUCAAGGAUUUACUCAAUCGUUUUCCGGUUGGGCCUUCUGGGUCGUUGAACCUGUUUUCCUCAAGGGAAGCGGAAGCUGAAUUGAGAUCCUUGUUGCUGAAGCGAAUAGCAUUUCUGCUGUUCUGCUCAGACUCUGAUCAGUACCAGCAGUUCGUACCAGUUCUUCAAGAAAAAUUGGGUGAAUGUUUGCGGUGGAGUACGGUUACAAGUUCAGGAUCUGCGCAAACUGGCCCCGCUGUGCAAGCUGGAGUUUUUCUGUGCUUCAGAGUCCUAUUGCUGCGAUCCUCAGCCCCUCAUUUGUCUGCUCUUUGGCCAUCAAUCAUCACAGAACUUGUGCAAGUCUUGUUGCAGAUUGAGCAGGACUUGUCCAGCGAUUCGGAAGAAUUCAAGAAACUCACGGGGGCGAAGAGUUCGCACUUGAAGAGACUCUCGGUUUUGGAUACAACUUUUGUAACCGCCAAUGGAUUGCUAGCACACAACCAUCCAGCUUGGUUGAAUUUGUAUUUGUGUGCCUGCAAACUUUUGGAUACGGCUUUGGCGUUGCCUACGAACCGUCUUCCUCAGUUCCAGAUGUACUCGUGGGCCUUCGUUGGUUCCUUGGAUCAGCAGGAAACUACGGAUCAGCAGGGGAAAAUUACUGCGAUGCUAAUUAACGGCGCGCCGAGAACACGAGCAGAAGAAAAUAGUCGCGAGGAAGUUAAUGGGAAAUUGAAUGAAUGCGAGGAUACGGUUCUGGGAAUCGAAGCGGAACGCUGGCAAAAUGAGAACUUGAAUUCUUCCGGCUCGCACUUCAUGCCUCACGUCACUCGAAUUGCCCGAUUAAUGAAAUCAAAGUUCGGAAUGGGAAACCCGAAUAUUUCGAGUUUUCUCGGAGAAGAACGAAGUGGAUUGAUCUUGACAAUGAAGGAAGUAAAAUCCGUAGAAGAACUUGCGCCGUUCUUCUUCGCGAGAGGUUUACAAAGUGGACGUGUCAUAAACCGACGGCCACCAGUGACUCCGAAAACCCCGAAGCCUGAAUCCAACUCUGCAGUGGCUCAAGGAGAAAUCGAAGCUAUUGAACAGCCUGUUGAUCUCUCCUGCGGAAACUUGACCUGCGAAGCAUGUCUGACGAAUGGCUGCAGCUACUUGACGUGUCAAACUGGUAACCAAAGUGAUGAAUGCGCCAAAACACCCGGCAAUGAUGAUCAAUUUUGCCAAUGGUUAAAAUGGAGCAACUCUUCAUCGACAUCCAUCGGCACUUUGUGUUUUUCCGUCAUGACAGUGUCACCGGAUCCGGAUAUCACUACUACUCUUGCGCCAACGACAAAUGGUACGAGUCCGGUUCCGCCGACAACUGCCAACAUCACCACAACGCCUUCGACCACGACCACGAUUACGACUUCACCACCGACAACAUCGAGCAGUACUACAACUGAAAAGCCAACGACUUCGUCUUCGGCUCCCCCUACUCCGGUUCCAAGCUCGUCGACUGCUGCACCGAAUCCUGACCCGAGCGAGAACCCGAGGCAUUUUGAUGCACCUUCCUUUGUUGGUGGAAUGAUUCUGGCACUUGGUCUGACAUCGGUUGGCUUUAUGGGAUUCAAGUUCUAUCAGGUUCGUGUGAGCGGAAAUUACCACACCCUUUGAUGGCGGCGAAAUUAUGGCGGGCCCGGAGAACGAUCUGGGCCAGAUUCUCACGGACUGAUGGAGGACUUAGUUCUGUGAAUUUUUCCCAUUUCAAUCCGAACCACACCUUCCCAACGCAAAUUCCUCUUCCGUGGAACGAAUUUCAUUUCAUUUGAUUUGAUUAGGAGUCUCUUUUUGACGUAGUGUCUUCUAAAAAUUUCGAUUUGAAUAACGAAUCUUGAAAGAGAAGACGCAGUUUGAACUGAGUUACUCCUGAGAAUAUUUGUGUUGAGCAAGUCCUAAGUACCCAUAUAUUUGAGUGUUGAUGUCAUUUAAUGGAAAAUUGUGAUCGAAUGAUUCAAAUCUCUUCACCAGCGAGAAUAUGUAUUCGAAAAAAAUCACUGUGUGAAUUGAAGAUCUGGUGGAAAAUGCGCGAGUGGUUUGAAAAUUGAAGAAGAAAAGAGAGAAUUUCAACAAUCUUCAACAAGUGCCAUUAGUGCUUCAUGCAAAUUCUGAUACAUCCCUAGCUUAUUGAGAAUGUUGGGCAUUGCCAAAAUUUUUGCCAUCGAGAGGAACGGAAAUAGGCACUAAAUUUCAUCCUGCUCAUUUUUCUCUCUUCAACAAUUCAGCGGAGAUGCGGAUUUUUAUAUGCUCGAUGUGUAUGCGUGCUUGAAGAAGUUUUUCUUUUGUGGUUUUUUGUCGUUUUCAGGUGUAGGGAAAUUUAGUAGUAUUCAGUGUUAUUAUUUUGAAGUAUGAUGAUGUGACGAAUCGUACCUCAAGUCAACAAACUUUUUAGAAUUUGAACAAUCGCUCUCUCGUGAACAAUUCCAAACAAUCUUUGAAAUCCGAUUUGAAAUGCGUGAAUCUCACUCGUUUGAGACGCAGAUACUGUAUUUAUGCCUAUGUGUAAUGCGUGGGUGAUCUCUUAUGACAUCGUAUCGGCAUAGUUUAUUUUAUGGGACACAUUCUUUUUACUUUUCAAAUGCAGCUGAUGGUUUCAUUUAAAAAAAAAGACGUUUUAAGGUCCACGUACUUGAAUCGAUGACCUUCAUUUGCUUCUUUUGAUUGCAAAUGUCUUUCUUCAGAAAUAUUCUAGCUAUUGUUUUAUGAUACAGGAUGUCCAAAAAGUUGCUAAGCAGUGGGAACGGUUGAAAAAAAUUAAGGACAGUGAGUUCAUGUACAAUAUUCGAAUUUUUUCCAGUAAAUACUGGAAAUGUUUCCCCUGAAGCCUUGAGGCAUAUCAUCUGGGAUGUCGCAGUGAUCUGUUUAUCUGUGUUUGCAUCAAGUCUUGCUACCAGUGAGAUUUACGCAAUCUAAAAUAAUGCAUCGUUGUGGUGGACAAAAUAGUCAAAUGGUUCCCAAAUAGCUCUCUGCUUAGGACCUUUCUGGACUUCUUGGGUCUUUUUUUUCAUGCGUUGUACGAUUCGCACGGAAUCGGUGGAAUGUUGAGCACAUUGCGUGUGUCCCUGCUAUGGAAAAAGGUGCGCUGCUGGCUAGGAAAAAAAGAGGACGAGUUACGUUCUUUCAGUUUUGCUGCUGUGAAAAUGUGAUGCUUAGAGCGAGAUAGGGUAGGAUGGUUCUGGUUGUUCCGCGGAGGUUUAUUUUGAGUGUCUGCAUGGUUCUCUCUAAUGGACUAUUGGUACCUGUAUUUUUCGUCUUAUUUUUUCUUUGAAAAUUAGUUCUACUCGAUGUCGAUCUCGUUUUAUUAUCGUGUUCCCUUUUGCUUGCAGACGAACGGAGACGAGUGUUUGAAAUUCAUCGGACGGCGAUUUUGUCUAUUUUUUUUAAAGGGGUUUGAUUUAGAAUGCAGUACUGUAUUUGAUUUUUAAUCGCGGAAAAUUAAUUUGAAAGCUUGUUAGUCGUUACAAUUUGAUAAACGUGAUGAGUAUCGCACGAAGUUCUUCAUUUUCUUUUUACAGUAUGUACGCGAAUAUUAGUCACUAAUUUUCUCAUUUAGACGCAAGAAAAGUCGGAAGUACUCUUUACUUUCGCAUAUGCGAAAUAUCCUUGGAAAAACGAUUUUGUCUGUAUUUUCCUUUGGAUUGGUGAAGAAUUACCGUAAUAAUGAUCGACUUUGUCCGAAGAAAGACAAAAAUGUAUAAUUUCCUUUUCCAAGAGCAAACAAUUGUUUCAAAGCUAUCAGAAGUACUGUACUUUAUUUUCACAGUCUUUACCUCUCGUUACUUCCCGUCUACGCAGAUUUUGUAGCAUAAAUGUUCGUGGCUUUCAGAAGUGUUAUCUUUUUUUUUCCUAGUUGCGUGUAAAUUACAACUUG